AAAACCUACCAACGAAGGUUGUUAUAGAUAGACAAAUAUUCACGGUGCUGAUUUUUAAAAAAUAGCAUAUGUGUCAAGUUCACAAAAUAAGAAAAUAUAUUAGGAGGAAUAUUAAUAUUCAGGCGCUGUUCUCUUUCCUGUGAGAUCCCGCGAGCGGCCACUUAGGAGACACAAGAUGUCUGGAAAGAGUUUUCGGGUGAGCGACGGAGACUGGAUUUGUCCAGAUAAAAAAUGUGGAAAUGUGAACUUUGCCAGAAGAACAAGCUGUAACCGAUGUGGAAGGGAGAAGACGACAGAUGCGAAGCUGAUGAAGGCAGGAGGAACGGAGAUCGGGAAGACUCUGGCUGAGAAGAGCAGGGGACUGUUCAGUGCCAACGACUGGCAGUGCAAAACAUGUGGGAACGUAAACUGGGCCAGAAGAUCAGAGUGUAACAUGUGCAACACCCCCAAAUACGCCAAACUGGAGGAAAGAACAGGUUAUGGCGGCGGUUUCAACGAGAGAGAGAAUCUGGUUUACAACGAGAGAGAAGAGUCCGAUGGAGAGUAUGAUGAGUUUGGCCGUAUAAAAAAGAAGUUUCGAGGAAAAAACAAGAAGGACAGCGAGAAAAAGGGAGAUCCUGAAAAGAAAGGCGAGGACGAAGAUGAGGAAGAGGAGGAGGACGAGGAUGACGACGAAGAUGGCGAUCUUUCAAAAUACAAACUUGAUGAUGACGACGACGACGAAGACGACGACGACGACGAAGACGCCGAUCUGUCCAAGUACGAUCUGGAUGCGAGUGACGAGUUGAAGCCGUCGGAGAAGAAAGGCAGCGGCUCGGGUUCUUCUCGCUCGUCCUCUCGCUCCUCCAGCUCGAGCUCCCGCUCUCGGUCCAGGUCCAGGUCCAGAUCCCGGUCCAGGAGCUCGUCCGGUUCCAGAUCACGCUCUCGCUCGAGGUCUCGCUCAAGAUCCAGCUCCCGCUCUGGGAAAGGCUCCGCUUCCUCGAGAAAGAGGUCUCGCUCGUCCUCGCCGUCUCCUGAGAGAGGCCAGAAGAGAAGUCGCUCCAGGUCCUCCUCUGGCGGACGCAAAAAAAGACGCUCUCGCUCCCAGUCGUCCGAAAGGUUUGGGUUUAUGUGGUGUAACAAAAUGGCCUACUGGCUUCCUUUUACAUUUUAUUACAUCAUUGAAUGAAUGAUUUCUGCUUUCCAAUGGAGCUGUUGCAGACCUGCCAACCUUCACUCGCUUUGCGUAGGACGACGGAGUUCGCUAGUAUGACUUCUCGCCGAAAGAGCAGUCGUCUUUCCUUCCCCCCCCUUAAAAAAAAAAAAAAAAAAAAAAAAAAAAAAAAAGGGCAGAUGAGCCAAUUGACAUCUGAAUCUGAAAUGAUUGACAGUUGGAUAGGAGUUUCGAACUCUCUGAUAGUAACAGACACCCCAGGAAGCCCCGCCCCCUUCAGCCCAUCUCUUGUCUCGUCUCGAUGUUCCUCACUUCCUGUUACGAUAAAUGGAGAAUAUUUUGAGUUGAUUAACAUUUAAAUAAAAUCUAUCAGCGUAUGUUCGACAUAGCUAACAGUAGACAGUUAUAGAGUGAACACGUAUUUGGCCCAAAUCUUUCGGUUAAAUGAUCAACUGAAAGAAAUUUACGGAUCCGUUUUGAGGAUAUUAACUGACAACCUCGGAAGUCGCUUAGAAGGAACAGUUUGAAUGGUUACAGCAGAUCGAAGGUGGAAAAAAAUCAGCCUUGUGACGCCAUUUCCCGCUUUCCACUUUGAACAAGCGAUGGAUUAAACGACAACCGGAAAUGUUGGGGGUUUUUUUUCCCUGCAUUUUUAACAUCUUUCCGCACUAAUACGCAUUAUUCCUCCUCUUGGUUGGCAGGUCUGCUGUUGGUGUUUGUUCUUUUGAUUUAUUUAUUUUUAUCCUAAUAUGUCACUAAGUUAUCUGUGCUCUCUCUCUCUCUGUCUCUCUCUCUCUCUGUCUGUGUGUCUGUCUCUCUCUCUCUCUCUC